AGCAACUGGACCAACUGGACGAGACUUGUGUCCCUUCCGUCGCCUGUAGGUCCAGAGACACUGCCACCGGAUGCAUUCGGCGCUGGAUCACGGAAGGAGAUCCCACGCGAACUUGUUCUCACACCGGCACCCCCAGCCUAUAAAACCCGGAACGUACACAAGCGAAGAAUGUUCUUCUACUACUCCCUGGCGGCGUUCUUUGCAUUGCUGGUCAUGCUGUCUUUCACCUACCGUUCACGCCUCGCGCCCUUCGUGCCAGAGCGCAUGCGCUCGCUGCCGAUAUUUGCGCGCUCGCACACGUACACGCCCCUGGCGACGUUCAACGACCAGGUCCAGGCCGGCAUGUCCUCGCAAGCCUUCGAUAUUGAGGCAAACAUCCGCGACGGCGACGCGCGCGCGGGCCUCGACGAGGUGGGAACGCGGGAGGUGAUGGAGAUCAUGCGGACGGAGAGGGUGAACUUCGACCAGGCGAGGUUGAUAAGGCAUAACAGGAUACUGGCGGCGAAUGGCAUCGAUCCCUCUGGCAUGCCCAUGGAUCGCAAGGCCGUCACCCACCUGUAAAACCAAGACAACCCCCUGCACGUUCACCCACGGACUUCACGCCCCGCAUGCCAUCAUCUUCCAUUGUACUUUCUUGCAUUGCAAACAGAAGAACACUCUACCCUACCCACCUUUAAAUUCCCUUCUCCCCAUCCGCUCGGCUCGCAUGCACGGACAUCGCCCCUGGAUGACUUACAACCCAUGUUUACUGUUCCUGUUCAACCAUGUUCUCUCUCCCUCUUGUUUUACUUUUAUUUGGGCGCGGCCUUUUCGGUCGCCUUGUACUAUGCUGUUUUAUCUAUCGGGCUUGUAUCCCUACGUAGCGUUCCUUACGUUCCAAUGCGUUUUCUUGUCCUUCUGCUUGCUCUGCACAAUCUAUUUGUUUGAGCAUACUUCCUCGUCUGAAUGCUCGCGC